CGUUCUCUCUCUCGCCCAAGUUCUUCGCACGGAAGGAAAGAAAUCUUCGCUAGCUGAUUCCUCGCUGCAAAUCUUCACGCUGAAAGGAAACGAAUUGCCAUUCAUCCCUGAUUCCUCACAGCGUUGGAUUACGGAAGGAAAGAAAUCCAGCGGCCAAACUCAGAGUAAAUCUGUAUUCAUCAGGGAAGCCGAAAUUCUAACGAUAGAGCACUGAUUUCGCAUUUAAAGAUGUCAUCUUCCGCAGAAGUUGGAGUUUAGAUGUUGAAAUGCCCCUUGGGGCCAUUCAGAGCAAAUUGGAUGAAGAAGAGUUGGUCAUUCAAGAUAUGCUGCCCACAAUUAGAUGAAGGGACAUGUGUUUAUGUGAUUGGUAGCUCUUUAAAGCUGGGUCAAUGGAAGGUUCAAAAUGGAGUGAAGCUCAAUUACUCGGGUGACUCAUUUUGGCAAGCAGAUUGUGUGAUGGGAAAAGAUGACUUUCCUUUGAAAUAUCCUUUAGGUGCCUUCAUGAUAGGAAGGGCGGAGCACUAUCUUUGGAACAUGGUGCUAAUCGGGAGCUUUCUCUUGACUUCACUAAUAGUAGUCAACCAAAAUAUGUGAUCCUUUCAGAUGGAAUGAUGCGGGUAAUCCCUUAACAAUAUAUGUCUUUUAAUCUCUUGGAUCUCUCCGUGUUAGAGUGUUAGAUCUUAAUCUGUCCCUAACUCAUCCCAAAAGGAUCUCCAAGAGUUGAGGUAUGGGAUACCUUGAGUCCCUUGACAUUGCAUAAUGUUGACAGUAGCAGGAUUUUUUAAUACCAUUUUAAAUUAGCCCUAAUGCUUAUGCACAUUGAACUACACUCCAAAAAUCCUCUACAAAUGAGGUUUAUCUAACACUUAAGCAAUACACUCAGACCCAGUGAAUGACGAAUGUGUGAUGCUCAACAGUAAAUGAUGAAGUAUGAACUGAAAAGGGACAUGAUUUUCUAUGUUAAAAUGAAUUUCCUUGGAGAGGCGCGGGUGUUGCAAUCCCGAUGUUCUCUGUGAGAUCUGAAGCUGAUGGAGUUGGGGAUUUUUUGUUGCUGUCUCGAUUCCAAUUACUAUUUUAGUUCAUCAAACAGAAAGAUUUAUUUUUUGCUGGUGGGAUUUAAAGCUUCUAAUUGCCGAUAUUCAAUGAACAAGCAAAGAUUUCAUUUUUUAACCUAGAUUUUAUUCUACAAAUAGAGAAUGAAUAUUAAUGUGGAAAAUACUAAUUUCACAGAUUCUUUAGUAGCAAGAGACCAGCAAAUAGUAAUAAAAUAAUACUGUAUGCCUUAU